UUCUUUAUAAAGAGGAAGCCUUAUGGAACAAAUAAGUGCACAUAUCAUCCUCCUCUUGACUUGCAAUCAUCCCAUCCAUAAAAAAACAAAAUCUCUCAUCACAAUGGCAUCAAGCUCAGUGUCUUCUCAAAGCUCUGGUUUGUGGACAGCUAAGCAGAACAAAGCCUUUGAGCAGGCUCUAGCAACCUAUGACCAGGAUACUCCUAACCGUUGGCACAAUGUUGCCCAAGUUGUUGGUGGAAAAACAACAGAAGAGGUAAAAAGACACUAUGAACUCCUUGUGCAAGAUAUCAACAGCAUAGAGACCGGUCAUGUCCCAUUCCCAAACUACAAAACCAAUGGCAGGCAAUUUCAGGAAGAAAAGAGGAUGAGAAAUAUGAGGCUGCAGUGAAUAAAGAAGAUACACUGAUCGGUUCUUCUCUCAACCAUCCAUCUCAAUGGCAAAUUGUUGUUUACUUUCCUUUUGUUUCCCCCAAAAGCUUCUCUCGAUACCUCAAAUCUUUAAUCAUUCAAGUUGUGUUAGGUUUAAUUUGUAAUGAAAAGUCCAACUUCAUGAUGAA